UUGGCUACAGAGAACUGACGUGUUGCGAGAUGAGCCAGCUUCCGAUCACGUGUUGUGGGGAUCCUUGUCACGUGACGAGGUCAACACCUUUCACUAUGGUUUUCAUCGAAAUGUGAACUUCUUUCUUGACACUCUGCUUCUGAGGCUGCAGGGGGACUUUGAGGGAAUGGAUGGAUUUUCGGUGACGUUUCCAGAGGCAGUGUGUUUCGGCGCCAGCCUCGCCUUGUCCGGCGUUUUUUACUACCUGCAUAGAAAGAAGAAGACGGUUGUUGAUAAACUUGAGAGCGCUCCACACGUCACAAUCGAUGAAAAACUCAGAAACCUUUUAAAAGCCACUCCAGGAGAAGUUCUACAAUAUGCUGUCAUUGAAGGUACAGUGAGACCUGUAAGCGAGUCUUUGAGGAGUCAGUCCCAUCAAGACGUCGUCGGGGUUUUGCAGAAAUUCACGUUGAAAGAACACAGAUUAGUUUGGAGUGGUCUUUCACGCUCGUGGAUGGACACUGAACGGGUCUUGCACAAAAGAGUGAACGUGGUUCCAUUUUUUCUGGUUGGUCUGGAUGAGACCGCGGUGAGGGUGCUGAGCCCCCUCUACGCGUCGGGGGAACACACUGAAAUCAUAAAUGAGAAAUUCCACCAGCCCAGUUACAGUUUUGGGCAGCUUGUUGGACAGUACCUGAGUGGAGAUAAGCCGAAAGGACACCUGGAGAUCGAGGAAAUGCUCAAAGUGGGUACGACACUUACAGGGAUUGGAGAGUUGAUUCUGGACAUGGAGGGUAAUCUGUGCCUUCGACCCCCCUCUGACAACUCCCAGUACUUCUUAAGUUCGGCAGACUUCGAGACCGUUUGUAAAGAGAAUUAUUUGGUAGCCUUUUGGUGGAAGACGCUGGCCGCCGCCUCUGCUUUGGCCGGAGCCGCCGUCCUCCUCUGGGUCGCGCUACGCUACUACAAACACCUGAAACGCCGCUGGGAGUCGGAGCAGGAAAGCCAAGAAUUCGCCAGGCUGCAGGCCGAAGCUGCCAGGCUCAGAGCUAAUGACCGCGAGGCCGCGCCAAACGAGGCUCAUUCGGGGAAUGAGUGUGUGAUUUGUCUGACUCACCCACGAGACUGCAUCCUGUUAGAAUGUGGACACGUGUGCUGCUGCUACGUCUGCUUCCAGUCCCUGCCCCGACGCAAAUGUCCCAUCUGCAGGCAGGACAUCGUCAGAGUGCUGCCUUUCUACCAGCCCUGAUUACUCCCUCCAUGAUGUCUGACGAUGCACUUUUAUUUUGAUGAUUAAUAGCCUCUCUUAAUAUUUGGAAAUGAGUGAAUAAUUAAAUUAUUUUUAACAUGUUACUAUUAAGCAAUACAGAUUUGUAUUUAAUGUGCCUUUGUCUACACUCAGUGAGCUGCCUCAUGUCUCACAUUGGAAAUACUGUGGAGUAUUGAUCUGAUCAGACGGGAGCGUUUUUUAGCUGCUUGAAAGUCGGGAGGUUGGAAGUUUCAGAAACAACAACCUCAAUGUUUACUGUAAUGUGCUCAGUUAUUAAAGGGAAGAGUGUGUAAAACUA